AGUGAUGAAGAGGAAGCAGAAGAAGCUUCUGAAGAAAAAGACAGAGAUAUUGUCAACAGUGCAGAUUCAUCCAGAAAUCCAACUCCAAAAUCAUCGGCUAAAUUUGGUGCAAAAACUAUUGAUCUUGGUGCCGCUGCAAAUUUUGGGAAAUCAGAAAUAACUUCUUCUAUUGAUUCACCAUCAAAUGUUAAAACAAGUUCAGCACCUACAUUGCAAGUUGGUAAUGCAGACUUGGUGGACUUAUUUGAUUUAACACCUCCUGGUAUGCAGCCUUUACAGACUUCUGCAACUGUCCCAGCACAAAAAGACUUCUUUGCAGAUUUUGCUUCUGCUCCUCCUGGUGGAGGAAGCAUCAAUGGUAAGGCGAAAGUUGUAAAUAUAUGUGCCUUUAGCCUGAGAUCAUGCCCUCUCCCUAUUAUCCCUUUAUGUCUCUCACGGGAAGAGGGCAUGAUACAUUUCUUUGUCGGAUCACAUGUGAAAAAGCCAGAGUCUGGACUUUUUUGUGAUUGGAUAGGAAACAAUACUGAUGAUUUGCGCUGUUCCGAUUGGCCAAAAUGCCGCCAUCCGUUAGUUGUUGUUGAUUUCACUCUGCAUUUUUUCUUGCGUAAUGAGCAGUGAAUACACACGCGAGUUUGUUAUGAAAUUUCUGCCGGCUCAGUUUUCUUGAAUUUGAAAAAUGUUUAAAUAGAAGUUUCAUCCAUUGAAAUAUUUUCCAUCUCGUCGUAUACUAAAAAGUUGCAGUCAAAACUUCACCGAUCAUUUGAAUGCAAUUUGAUACCGGUUACAAGUUGCAGAAGUGACAAACGGGUUCACUUUUCAAAUAAUCAAUUCAUGAAUGGAAUCUUGACCUGGUUUGACUGUAAUUCUUCCUUCAGAAAUCUGUGAAUUAUUCUGAGCGAUCUUCGCUUUCACAACACCUUUCAGUUCGUGAAAUAUGGUGCUGCAGCCUAUUUUUUUUUUCACUGCUUUCGGCAGAGAACAAAGUCAACAAGCUUUAACCAGGAAAUUCUUUAUUAUUUGUAGCUGUUGAAUAAAGGUACGACAGCUCCAGCAAGCAGUAUUUCAUCACAAAACCAACACAUUUAUAUUUUUUUUAGGAAUCGAAGCGCCAUCUGAACAUGGACGUACUUAAAAAUGUUCUUUUCCCUAAAAUUGAUUUCAAAAGAGACAUUAUUCGCGCCAAAAUUUGAUUCCUGUAUGGUAGACGCUUACUGGCUAAUAACAUGACAGGUCAUGCAGACGUUAGAUUAUGUAAAUUAGGGGGCGGUUGACGGCUUGUUAAAUGAAUGUAUCAGGCGUUAUUUUUUUCCCUCUCGAGCAAAGAAGCAAAAAGAAAAAAAAUAAAUAAUGCCUGAUCUCAGGUUAAUGUGCCUUAAGGUCAUCUAUAGGGACAAUGUUUUAUUUCAGUGAAUGCCAAAAGUUGAGUCAUUGUCAUCAACUAGUCUACUUUACAUUCAUGAAUCAUUUAAAAUACCAUGUAUUCCAUUUGUGUAAUUAUAUUAUAUGUAGUUAUUAUAACAGCAGAUGGCUUGCUAGUAGUACAGACCAGGGCCCAGUUCCUAGAAGUCAGAUAAACAUAAACCCAGGGUUAAAACUUACAAUGAUAGAUAUUGUAUGUUCAAAUCUUAGCCUUUUAUCUUAUUGGGUUAUGUUCUCAUAGAUUGACUAACAUAUUGCUUGUCAAGAAAAUGUUAAAUUUGGGUUUAAGGUUAACCGUCUUUUGAGCAACCUGUGCCUGGUAAAUUAAGUGUUCUUCUUUCGUACUUACAUGCAUGGCUGGUUUGUGCCGAUCAGUAGCACGGUUCGCGUGUACAAACAAAAUUUGGCACAUAUAAAGUACAAUAUCUCCUCAACCUUAGCAGCUACAAAGCUGUCCCUUGGCACAAACAAUAACAACAUGUUGAACUACAGAUCUGCCAAAAAUCAUGGAUAUUUAUUGAAUUCUACAUUUUUCAGAAAUUUAUUUUUUACAAAAAUGUGCAUAAUUCGGGCCGUCUUGCGUAACAUUCACAUGCAGCAAAUUAUCAUUUUUGUAACAUUUCAUGUUUAAACCAUAAUAGAUUUGAGCGGAACUAGUAUCCUUAUAAUAUCAAAAUUAUUCAUAGAUUUCAGCUCUAUAGGUCAAACUUUGUCGGAAAAAGCGGUUUUUGAGAAAAAUGAACUCUUGAACCCGUGUACCAGCUUCAUGCUGUAUAUUUCAAUCCAUGAAAUCAGCAAUGCGUCCAACAUUUCAAAAUAUAGAUUGCUUCAAAGAUAAAAUGGCCUCAAUAACUGGAAUGCUCAUUUUUUCAACAGUCAAUCCUGAAAAUUUUAGCCUUAUUCCUCUUUACCAUCCAGAGAACGAAGCAAAUUUCUGAUUACCAAAAACUUUGAAACGCGCCAUGUUUACACCUGAUUUUCUCAAGGAAGGCAAAAUGCAAGCAGUCUCCACGCACGAAGCAUGAAACUGACCUCGCUGAUUUUCUUUCAUGUGUCAUUCUCAACUCACAACGAUUGUAAAGAGCAACUUUCAUGGAAGAAUAUAAGAAAUUGUGUGCGCUAGAAGCAAUCUUCUGAAUACCAAACAUUUUGAAACGUUUCAUGGAAGGUUUCAGGUUACAUUCAGCAACAUCGAUCUCAAAGAAAUGCAUCAACCUCGCAAACUUUCUCCGCCAUCUCACUCGCUUUAACUCAAAGGAAGACUUCACAACGACCUUGUUCACCACCCAGAAGCUUAUUGUUAUGCAACAAAUCGAAAACACGUGAGAAAACGUUCAGUACACGUGAAUGAAGCUGUGUUUCUUUAAGCCACUAACCUGCACACAACUUAAUCUUGUCAAUUUCGAACUGUUUAGGCUUCAAACAUUGUCUUCAACCUCUGUACACCAAACAAACUCCCAAUUUAGGGCUUACUUUCUCAGAUAGUAGAGCACUUGACUGUAUAAGUGCAGGAAGUCAGGUUCAAUCCCCAGUGCUGGGCCAAUACUCAGGGUCAUAACAUAACCGAGAAUUGAAGGUACUACCUCUACCCACCAAACAGCAAGACUUUCACAUGGCAGCCCCUACUUCUCCAGCCCUCACGGGGGCAUAAAAUAGUGUGCUUAGUUGGCACUUUUGUUCUGGUUACAUUGACACUCAGCAGUGUGAGAGUGCUUUAAUCAGUUGAACUCAAAAGCAGCUGUGAUAUAACUACUUUGAUAUCAUGGGUGACAAAUAACUCCUUAAUCUUGGCACAAAAUUUCAGCAUUAAUUAAUAAUUUCACGUGUGAAAUUACAAAAUUGCUAUGGUAAAGUUCCGUACGUCUCAGUUCCAAUGUUGUGUAUGAAGAUUUCAAGGUGUUACAGUCAAACCAAGUCAAGCAUACCCCCCAAGUGAUUUGAACCAAAGACGAUUUUUUAGAACUUUUUAAAAACGUUCAAAUUUGCCACCAUUUUGGCACACCAUUCGUCUUAGUGUUCUCUCGCACUAUGACUAAAUAUGACGUACUUUAAGGAACACGUGACCUUAUUGACAGGAAUUACGGGAAAACAUUAAGAGUUCUGGUAGGUUUUUCUGUUUCAGAAAAUCUUUCUUCUUGUGAAGAUAUUAUGAUUCAAUCCUUACUUGUAAUUUAUCUUUUUUGCGUACAGCUGGUGAAGACAAGGUAAUGCGACUUCCUUAAUUUAUGUCACAUGAUGUCAUAUGUGAGCUUGCUAGUUUGCAUGAUUAGCGGCGCGGGUGUACGCAAAAAUGUAGACUUCAAAAAUUGGUAAAAAAAUCGCGUUUUGUUCAAACCGCAAAAUUUUUUCGCAGAAGUUAUUUUAAUAACGUAUAAUUUCAGAUAAGGAAAUAUAAAAUUUUAGCUGGUGGGUACUUUAAAAGGUAAUCAAAUGGUAUACUUGUGAAAUUAGGGAAUAAUUUCACUUUAGCCUGCGUUGCAGAUCCUAUAAAUCUUCUGUAUAGAGCAUCUGCAAAUUAAUGCACCAUAUUGAGUUGUAUUAGAGUUGCAAGGACUUACGUCGGCAUUUUUGAUUGGCUAAUUUCUUACGCAGUUUGUGAUUAGUCGGAUUGGAAAUAAAGUGUGGACAGGCCAAACAUGACUCACAGCUCGUGAAAAGAGAGAAUGAGCUCGUGAUAGUGUGAAACGUGACCUUAGCAACAGAGGUUUUCUUGCUUUCCUCUCUUAUAGCGUAGGUUAUGCAGUGCAUGAAGUAUUCUAAACUUUGACUAAGCAAAUCUUAUUUUUGUCACUUUGAGUCUCACAUUUAGAGGUUAUGGAUCUGGUCUGUUAUAUGCAUUUUGAGUAAUUGGGUCCUGUGGUUUAUGUUUUUGUAGAUCUGACAGGAUUUGAUCAUAAGUGCAGUUUACUGCUACAUUGUUUUCUUUUACUUCUGUUAAAGCCUUAAGUUUUUUAUUGUGGCUGAAUACAUGUGUGUAGUUUUUUUUUGUCCAUGAAUAUCAUAAUUUCCUGAUUUGUUUUGAGACUAGAUUUCAGCGAUUGGAAAAAGCUGGAAAACCAGUCGGUAAAUUCUGGCCUUGAAGGAAUUGUUCUCUCUUGAAGAAGGCUUUCUUGUUUGAACUGCCCUGCCAUUGUUUACUAUAAACACCUCUUGCCAAAUCCCCUCUAUGAAUUUUGACAUGUCACUGAACCCAAGCGUCAGGCACACAUAACAAUUGGGCUAAUCAUGAGACUGGUAAGAAAACCGCCCAUCAGAAAUGCUCACAUAUAUCCUUGCGACUCUGCUGGAUAUCAGAACAAGCUUUUGUGCAGUAAUUUGCUGACAGACUAUAUAAAUGGUUUAGACAAUGCAUGGGCCAGCUGCAACGCAGGCUAUUACUAACAUUGUGGCAGAAAUUAAAUAGUUUAAAAGCAGCAUUGCAGUCGGUAAUUCUUUCAAGCGGGGGGUCAUGGAGACCAUCUGAGGGGUCAUCCAGACCAUGUGCUGUCUUUUUUUUCUGUAACUUUAUGUGUACAUUUCAUUUGUUGGGCCAGGAAGCCUUCUUUGUCGGUUCAUUGACCCGAGACCCAUCUCUUAUCUGGACCACUGAAAAGUGAAAAUUAAAAAAGUUUUCUCUCCACUCACAUUUUCUUGACAUUAAAAAGAAGUGCAACAAUGUACAAUACAAUUUAAUAGCAAUUUGUAGGAUUGAAAGAUAACAAAAAUAACUUACACUUGUAACUUUAAUGAAAAUGCAUCAAGGUUUGGAUUUUUCCAUUGGAUAGUGCUGUGUUGUGCCUUACUUAAAUGCUAAGCAUAGGGUUUAGGUUUUAACGAAAAUGUUUGUCUUGCAGUAAAUUUUCUCCUUAGUAUCCUCUUUUCGUCUUGAAUAUAGAGAAAGGACCUGUAGUAGACAAUGAUGACUUUGGAGAUUUUGCAGCUUUCCGCUCUGCAAGCCCACCCCAAAACAACACAACUGAAGAAAACGUUUUCACUGCCUUUCAAAGCAAUGCUUUGAUACAACCUCAACAGGUAAUGCUCCCUGAUAUGUUAAUCAAUAGCUUUUCUUGUGAAUGUUGUUUCCAGUUUGUGAGCAAGGUUUCUUAUCAAAUUUUUCAAACAUUAAGAGUGCUAAUGGGGCCUGGAAGACCUGAAUGAACUGACCUGUUUGUCCAAGUGACUUGUAAAUUAAUGAUUGAAAAAACAAUACCUAACCUUUCUCUUUUUCUCAUAUAUUAUAUUUGUCCUUUGGUACAGUAUUGUUAGAGAAACCAAAACCUGACCGUGUUACCAACUGACAACAUACAGUUAUGCUUAGAUAUGGAUCAAGGAAGGCAACACCAAAAAUGUUUUGCUGAGUGAGGAAAUCGAAAGAUUAUGAAAGUUAUCUUGCUGAUAAAUAUUACUUAACAAAGUGUCAAAUUUAUUGCAACUAAUUCUAUUCAGUAGAGCAUUUCUAGUUUAAGAGACAAUGUUUUACUAUACAUAACAUUAUAUUUAUUUAUUAUCAUAUUCAUGUCUUCAUUGUAGGCAGUAGUCAGUCACUCAGCAAAUCAGCCACCGCAGCAGGUCCUAUCCUCCUUCUCAGCUCCAUUGGCAAUGAAUUCAACUGUUCAGCCACAAAGUAAUCUGCUGUCAUCAGGGGUGGAUUUUCAGUCUUUGCAGCCUACUGCACUUACCCAUCAGUUUUCCUCAGGAACAAUGCAAGGACAGUUUUUGAAUAAUUCACCAUUGUUAGUUCAACCUCAAACUGCUCAACAACCAAUAAGCUUGAAAUCACAGACUCUGACUCCUUCAAAGCCAUUAAAUUCCAGUGGAAAGCCAGCAUCAGAAUUAAUUGCAGAUAGCACGCCAUUACAUCAGGUAUUUGUUGCUGAAAUAACUUUUCUAACAGGUCACUUUUUAGAUCAUAAGCAGUUAAGGGGUAGUUGGAAGUUACAUACUGUUGCUUGUGUUCUGUGUGCAAAAUGUAGUUGUUACAUUUAAUAUACAAUAAUUUUCAUUUCCGAAAUACAUAUUUUUUCAUCACUCAAGUACAUUUAUUUACCCAGAGAUUUGCAGGGGAUACAUUUUCAAAUUUCUGCUCCCCUACUAGUAAGUGAGUUUAUAUGUUGGUUUAGUUGAAAGUAUUUGCAAUGAAAGUUAGCAGGCAAGGAGGACUUGUGGGGGUGAACACAUCAGAGAUACUUGGUGGUGCAGAUGGUGGUGCAGACUUACUUAAUUAUUCACAUAGAAGAGAGUACAAAGUAUAGAAUAGUUGUUAAUGUUGUGAUGGAGGAAAUGGAGACAUUUUGGAAUAGCAUGUGUUAAGACUUUGACAACGUGAACUGACCAUUUAUGAAGCACUAAACUUUUUUCUAAAUAUGAUCAAGCAGCUAGGCUCUGGGCCGGCAACAAGCCCAUUCAGCAGAUGAGGGAGACAAGUGUACAGUUUACUGUAAGGGACCUGUAAAUAUGUUGAGAUGUUGAGAUGUUGAGAAUGGAGUAAAAUUCUUAAGUCUAGGUAUAAUUCCCAUGUCUCUAGUUAUCUUUAAUGAAACAUGGCCGAUAUGAUGUUUCCAGGUGAGAUGUUUAUCACUAUUAGAACGCCACAUAAUGUGUAUGAUUAUUGUAAAUCUUUAAAGUUACUAAAUGAUUUAUUCGUUUUUGGUAGGGACAAAACAUACCAAAAUAAGUGUUUCCUAAUUUUAAGGGAAAGCUUAUUAAACUAAUAUAAAUAAUUAUCUUAUCUCUAGGGAACCAUAUUUAUUCCCUUCUGUUUCUUUGUAGAAAUCAAUCAAGUCAACAACAUGGUCAAACAGUCCAGUUGAUAUCAGCCUUGACAAUUUGAGUCCAAUGAGCCAUAGAGACAAGCCAAUUCAACCUAGCAUGAAUGAACUGUACUCAAACCAACAGCAAAUGAGCACAACAGCAGCUACAGUGGGCUUGUAUGGUAUGCCAGCUGUGCACCAAAUGCCCAACAUGGUAGGGGUUCCACCAAUGAACAUGGGUGUCCCCUCAGUGGGUAUGCCACCUCAAGUCAACAUGCUGACUACAAAUAUGAGUCAGAUGACUAUGUCCUCUAACAUGCCAAUGAUGCACAUGGCAGCAAACAAAGGAAUGGUAAGGCCGGUUUCUAUGGCUGGAGGAAUUAGUAACGUGAUGCAGCCCAGACAAAUGGGACAAUUUCAAAGCUUUGGCAGUAGUGGAUAUACAACAUACAAAGGUGUCAGUUGAUGUCAGUUAAGCAUAGGGAACAUAAUACUUUUAGGGAGUGGUGUUAGAGAGGAACCUGUUUUCAAUUAAAAGUGAAGUAUCAGGUAAAUUGGGGACAAACAUUUUAAUUCUAUGUAUUAUAUAACAUUGGGCUAGCCCAGAAGGACAGCAAUACCAGGUCAGACUGCUAGGUACACUUUAAAGAAAUGUUACUUGGGAAGAAUGCCUGUGUACUGGGGUUAGGCCAAUGAACCAGAUGCCUACAUUGAUUCAUAGAGUUUUAAAAAUUGGUUUUGUAAAAAAAUGAAUAUAUGUAAUUAACAUAAACAAAAAAGAAACGGCACAGAUUUCCUAACAAAACACGAAAAUUGUUUUGAAAAAAAAAAACUUGAGCGAAGUAACCACAUGUUGGUGAUUAUAUCUGAUAUAAACAUUUCAGGAAAGCGAAAUGGUAUCUGAAGCAAAAACAUACGUAAGUGAUGGAAAAGCCUUUCAGAUGAGUUGUGUAUUAUUUUACCAAAAUUGAGAGGAGAAGUCUUUACGUCACCUUGCCAUGGUAGCAAAAUUUCUGGAUGACAGGAAACCGAAAACGUCACUUAAAAAGUGAAUUCGCAUUGUUUCAGACUUCAUCGAUCUUAUUCAGUUCCUAUUAACUUGUCAAAUGUUGACUAAAUUUGCUGGGGUUGAAUCCGAAAGGACUGUAUUUAAGUUUAGAAAAAGAAAAAAUAAAUUGUGUUGUGUUCAUCUACUUUACAAAGCGGGCGCGUGAAAUUAGGAAGUUUCACGUCGUAGUCGUGCUACAACGGCUAAGAAAUGUACAAAAAAACGUGAUGCACGUGUAAACGUGUUGUUUUGCUAUCUAAACUCAUUGCUUUUUGCCGUUGCCGUUGCCGUUGCCGUCGUCGUUGCUGAAGCUCCGUAUUGUUGUGAGCCAAAAAAUUUUGCUACCAUGGUAGCGUGACUUCACACCUCUCUUUUGUUAUCUCAUUUAUAAAAUUAGCCGAACCCACAACAUCUAAAAAAGCAGUUAACACCGCUGUUUUAUUUUUGAAGUAUGUCAUACCUAAAAAUCGUCCAGCUGUGGAAUGGGACUGGUUAUCAAGAAAUAGAUUAGUUAAACAAAUAUUUUUCAACAAAUUUCCUGCUUUUGAAAAGUUUAACUAAUGGGGGUGCUGUGCCACUGCCUCAGUAUGGCUGAUACUCUUUUGUCUUGCACCACAACAGAGUCAUAUUGAACACGUUGUACUUGUUCUUUUCACUGUUUGUUUCCAUUUGUUGAUGAACUUAUAUGCUAGCUAACAUUGGAGUGAAAAUGAUGCUCUUUUUAAUUGUGUGAGUACUGUUAGUUGAAUCAAAUUAAAGGCCAACGUGUAGUUAGUUAGAAAACAGUAAAAAUAACGUGAUAGUGCAACUGCAGCAUUUUGAUGACUUGAAAUUUGUUAGAAGCGAUGCACAUGUUAAUUUUAAUGUGCAUUGUCUGAGACUGUUGCUUCAUCGAAAGGUUUUUCAAUUGAAAUGGCGUCUACUGGAAAUACAGACUAAAAUGUAUGUUGGUUGGCACGCGUAGAUCCAUGUGUACAAAUCACCCGUAACGAAAGGGGUGAAGUUGACUUUGUUCAAGAAAAUGUUUUGUGUACGUGUACAAUGAAAGUGAGCUUGGUUUGGUGCUCUUUCCUUCUAAUCAAGGUUAGGAAUAUAGAAAUCCUGAAAAUAAACCUUGACAAGUUUGUUCGUGGCAAAACCUGUUGGCUUUUUGGUAAACUAAUUAUUUCUACAAUUCGGUGGACUAGUAAGACUCGUGAACGUAACUUAUACUUUUGCAAUUUUCGACACAUUUUAGUCUUGUUUUCCAGGUGAGACAAACACAUUUAUUGUAUUAAAUAUCAGACCGAAUUUAAUGUUGAGAGACAAGAGUGCUUAAGUGCUUUUUGUUACCGUACUCAUAUAUAUUAUAUUGGAAUGUUAUGUUAACCUCGUAUCUCAUUUUCCUUUGUCUUAAUAAUUUUAAGUGUACAGUCCAACAAAGGAAACCAUUAAAAUGACCGGGGAUAUAAUUGAACCACAGCAUGUUACUUUUUUUUAAUGGAAAUCAGAAGAAAGUACAUGUUCUAGUGUCUUAAUUGAUCAACUCUCUUCAAAAUGAUCACGGAUAGGGGCUUUAAAACCUGUUUACCUUGGUAAGUUAAAUUACUACAUAAUUUAUGGUUUUCUAAAGCAUUGUAUUAAGAGAAAGUAUCAGACAUUCUCCAGCAGUAGAAUUAACGUUACAACAUGAAUUUGGAGGAAUUUUUUUUGUAUUUUUUUAACUUCUGAAAUUAAAUGUGACGGAGAACCAGUG